AUGCCGCUUACCCCCCAAGCCACCAGUCCACAAGACAUGGACCUAUCCCAGCGUCUAACAGACGCCGUCUCAACAAUCCGCCAUCUCAAAGACACCUUCAAGCUCCCCUCCAUCUCCUUCGGAGUCGUGCACAACGGAGCGGUAAUCCUCAAACAAUGCAUCGGAUACCGAGACCUCGAAAACAGCCUCCCCGCAACCCCAGACACAAUCUACCCGAUCAGCUCGUGCACCAAGAUGUUCACGUCCGCGGGAAUCGGCCUGCUCGUCGCAGACGGCAAACUCGCCUGGUCCAACCGGGUCUCGCAGCAUCUGCCCGAAUUCAAUCCCGUGCGUGAUCCCCGCAUCUCCGCCGAAGCAGACCUCAUUGAUCUCAUGCGCCAUUCGAUGGGGUACUCCGAGCCAACCGCGCUGUACCUCGGGCCAGAUGGGUGCCACCUCCAGGACGCUGGCGUCAAGGGCCUCAUUCCGCUGCUGAACCGCAUGCGCACGGCUGAUAAGGACGGACAGCGCUUUAACAGACACUGGAUGUACGCCAACGCGAACUUUAGUCUUGCGGGCGAGAUUAUCGCGCGUGUUAGCGGGCGCCCAUAUGCAGAGUUCAUCCACGACCGGAUCCUGAAACCCCUUGGGAUGGACCGCACGGUGCUCACUAAGGAGGACGUCGACGCCCAAGCUCAAGAUGGUAAUGUCGUGCGCCAGUACACGGUCCUCCGCGACGGGACGCACUGCCAACUCCCAGCCAACCACUGGCCGUUCAAGCAGACGACGCCCGAGCUCCCUGGGUCCGGGAUGGGCAGCAGCCUGAACGAUAUGUUGACGUGGGCCAUGGCCGUGCUGGCUGCUGAAGCCGAAGAAGAGGACAACUCUGUCUCCCCGCUGAAGCAGAUGCGCCGCCUCCGCCGCGCCUACUGGACCAGACCCCCUGAGGACCCGGAGAGCAACGAAGCCGCGUUCGGCAUGGGCUGGAUGCGCAUGACGCUGCCGACGUCUAUGGUUGGUGCAUACAGCGGGAACCGCUGCACGCGCGAGGCACCCUGGAAACUCCACCUGCAGCCUGACAAUAUCCUUGGUCGGGAGUCUGGGAGCCGGCUGAUGAUUGGACACUCGGGGGGUGCGAUCGGGGGCAUUGCGACGCUGUGGACGUUCCCCGAAACCCAGAGCGCAGUUUGUGCGCUGGUGAAUGGGCGGGCGUUGGGGGAUGCGAGUGAUUUUGCAGCGCAGGUGCUGAUGCAGGCGCUUUUUGACCUGCGGCCGCGGAUGGACCUGCUUGUUUGGGCGAGGAAGGAGGCGGAGUUGGCGGAGGCUUUCCUAGAAGAGGAGGUGCUGGGGCCGUGGAUGGCGAAUCGGAAGAUUGAGGAUCCUGAGCGCGAGCUGGGCGUGUAUGUUGGGCAGUAUGUUGGGUUUGGCGGGCUGUUUGCGUUGACGAUUUCCAUGGGCGAGGAUGGGCUUGCUGUGACCUUCAACCAUGUUGAGCGCGCCAGGAGUCCGUUGGUACGUUUUAAGAAAGACACAUACAGCUUCUUUACGGGGGACUUGGACCACUGGGCUACUGGGUUUGUCCUUCGCAAGCACUAUAGCGAAACACUGCUCGAGUUCAAGGUGGAUGACGCAGGCAAUGCACUGGGGCUCUGGUGGACGUGGAAUAAGGACGAGCAGCGUGCGUGGCUGGGGCGGGUGGAUGGCCUCUGUUAG